GUAUGCUUGAAUGGUACAAAGGUAUAUUGUCUUAAAUUUCAGAUAUGGAAAACAACCAACAUACAAUAAAUGAACAGUUAUAUGCUGUUGAAACUAACAAGAUGAUGCCAAAUAAUGAAAAAAGAGAAAAGAAAUAUAUUAAAAUCAAACAAUUUAAGAUACCUGUAUUCGACGUUGAUGGGAAACCAAUGAUGAUGAAUCCUUCCUUCUCUACUAUUGCUUGUGGAAUUUUACUAGUGUUUGCAGGCGCUAUGAUUUUUGGUCUGAUUUUGGUUUCAUUCCACAGACCAUAUAUUGCGCGAAUUCGAGAAUACAAUCGAAUUAAUAGACUUGGAAGUAGUUCGUCAGAUAUGCUCCUAUACACCCGUAAUAGCAUGGACAAAGCCUACCUUUUAACAAGCGCUCAAGCUUGGUUUUGGCAUAAAGGAAUAACCUUAAAAGUAAAGCUUGGAGAUUGUAAAACAAACUCUUCAGUGAUGGUCGAAGGACGCAACUUGACUGAAAUUUAUCUUGGAGACAUAAUGGAGAGUCCGUCGAAUAACUUUAGAGUUAAUUUUCCCAAGGAUAUCUGUAUUCUUCCAAAGCUAAAUAAGAUAAAACCUGAAUACGAAUAUGCAUUAGUAUCUGUUGUAAACUUUGGUAGACAAGUGAAUUCCAGAAAGGAAGUUGAUUUAGAUAUUUUUCAAACUAAUUAG